CCAACUUGUCUCUCUCUAUUCGACGCUUACCUCAGUUGUUACACCCUUAGACCACAACUACUAUCAAUCUAUAGAUAUGCUGAAUACAAAAAGUGUGAUCGUCCAUGGGAUGACUUCAAAUGGUGCUUCUUUAAUAAUAAACUAGACGAUGAACAGAAACUUAAAGCCUGGAUUGAACGUAGAGCUGACUGGUGGGCUCGUCGAAGACUCAACCGUAGCUCAGAGGAUGUUUGGGAUGCACGAGAAGAC